AUGAACGGCGGCGGGUCCGGAGGGGCGAGUGGGCCGGAUUCCCGCGUGGAGACCAUCUCCCGGUUGGCGCAGUGGCGCAUCGACACCUUCGGCCCCUGCUCCUACCGACGGUCCGACCCCUUCAAGCUCGGCAUCUGGAACUGGUACCUGUCGGUGGAGAAGAGCCGCUCCAUCUUCGUGCGCCUCUUCCCGGAGCCCGGCCGGGUGGCCAAGGAGCAGCCCCCUCUCGCGCGAUUCCUGAUCCGCGUCUCCUGGGCCGGCCCGCCGCGACGCUCCUGCGUCUCCCCUGUGCACGAGCAUCUUCUGCGUACCAGCGAUGACUUUGUCUGGCAAGUUGAUGCAAUGUCGCAUGGGCGUUUUACGAUUGAUGUUGAGUUUCUGGACCUGAGGAUAGCCAAUAACAAUGCUACUGAAUCAUCGUCGGUGUGGCCAAACGAAGGCAUGGUGCAGAAGAUUGCGAGCAAGAGCACCCUCGGAUGUCUCUCCCGCAUGCUGACGGAUUCCAUCCACGCUGACGUGACCAUCAACACGACGGACGGCGUCCUGAAGGCCCACAAGGCUGUCCUGGCGGCGUGCUCCCCCGUGUUCGAGAGCAUGUUCGUGCAUGACCUGAGGGAGAAGGAGUCGUCGACGAUCAACAUCAGCGACAUGUGCCUCGAGUCGUGCUCGGCGCUGCUGGGCUUCAUCUACGGGACGAUAGAGCAGGGGCAGUUCUGGAAGCACCGGCUGCCGCUGCUGGCGGCGGCCAACAAGUACGGGAUCGGUGACAUCAAGGACUGCUGCGAGGAGAGCCUGCUGGAGGACAUCAGCUCGGCGAACGUCCUGGAGCGGCUCCACUUGGCGUGGCUGUACCAGCUGGAGCGCCUCAAGAAAGGGUGCCUCACCUACCUGUUUGUGUUUGGGAAGAUUUAUGAUGUGAGGGACGAGAUGCACAGCUUCUUCCACCACGCGGACCGCGAGCUCAUGCUCGAGAUGUUCCAGGAGGUCCUUAGCGUGUGGAAGCCCAUGUGA